AUGCACUUCUUCACAGCCGCGAGGGCCCUCCUCGCCGCCGCCAUCUUCCAGGCCGCUACCGCUCACAACAUCGUCCUUCCCGCCCACGGCCGCGAGUGCUUCCACGAGACCCUCCACAAGGAUGACACCAUGACCGUCACCUUCCAGGUCGGCGACCGGGAGUUUGGCAGCGCAGGCAACCUCGACAUUGACUUUUGGAUCAACAACCCCGCCGGCCAGUACGAGGCCAACGAGAAGAGUGUCUCCAACGGCGACUACUCCUUCACCGCCAAGCACGACGGCAAGUACGUCUACUGCUUCGGCAACGAGAACUGGGGCGCCAACACCAAGGAGGUGUCGUUCAACGUCCACGGCAUCGUCUACGUGAGCGAGUCUGAUCUCCCCGCCGACCCCCUCGACCGCGAAGUCCGCAAGCUCUCCGACCUCCUCGCCCAGGUCAAGGACGAGCAGCAGUACAUCAUCAUCCGCGAGCGCACCCACCGAAACACCGCCGAGAGCACCAACAGCCGAGUCAAGUGGUGGAACAUGUUUGUCAUUGGCGUCGUCAUCGGCGAGUCCCUGUUCCAGGUCUGGUGGCUGCGACGCUUCUUCGAGGUCAAGCGCGUGGUAUAG